AUGGUCCAUCACGACAUUGUUAAGACAUUUCUCAUACCCAGCUCCUUGGUUUAUUUUUACAAGGCUUCCCUUCUAUACGAGUCGGUUCCAGCUGCGCGCAUUGACGUCUCUCAAACGCUUCCGCUGCCAAAUUGGUAUCCUUUCAAUUCGCCGAUUUUGUUGAACCGAACGCAGCCGCCCGAUUGCCACAGCGCUACCUCUUGCUCUCAGACGCCUGUCUUCUUUCGGUUUUACCUGCGUGCUUCCAACUUCGCUCAUGGUCCAACUUUUCCGUCCCCAGUGCUUUCAAUUUCUAUGUCAGACUGCAAUGCAUCGCUUGGGCAAUUUGGUUUGGCGACUGUCUACUUUCCCUGGGACAACCAAGUAUAUCACAUGAAGUUGCGUAAAAACGAGGAGAACAAGAUUGUUUUGCGGUCACUCUCCCCGCAGAAAUUUCGCCCUGAACUCUCGGAUCCCUAUGUCGAUGUCAUUCUUGAGCCCACCUGUCAGUCGGCCGAUGUAACUGUGUAUUACUCCUUCUCCCAGUGGCUUUGUCAGGUAAAUGAAUCCGUCUUAAGAAGGCUUUUCGCUGGCAUGUGUACAUGCUUUAUUUAA